UCUCACGCUCUUCCUAUCCCAUUUCCGUUAAGCAUUAAUUUGGUUUUGCCAUGGCGUUGGCUUCUUUUGGUUUUCUCAAGUAGAUUCUUUCUUCUCCAAUUCGUAACAAAUAUGGCAAGUGGUGGCGAAGAAAAUGCAGCGGCGCCGCAGAAACAGGACGACCUUCAGCCACAUCCGGUAAAGGAUCAACUUUCCGGCAUCACUUAUUGCCUCGCAAGUCCUCCUCCUUGGCCGGAGACAAUACUUUUAGGGUUUCAACACUACUUGGUGAUGCUUGGAACGACUGUUCUCAUUCCCACAAUGUUAGUUUCAAAGAUUGAUGGAAGAAACGAAGAUAAGGUAAAGAUGAUUCAGACAUUGCUCUUUGUGUCUGGACUCAACACGUUCUUACAAAGCUUCUUUGGAACUCGUCUUCCCGCGGUCAUUGGAGCUUCUUACUCCUAUGUGCCCACCACAGUUUCAAUCUUCUUGGCUGCUCGGUACAGUGACAUUAUUGAUCCUCAUGAGAAAUUUGAGAAGAUCAUGUGUGGAAUACAAGGUGCUCUUAUCGCUGCCUCGUUACUUCAGAUCCUUGUUGGUUUCAGUGGCCUUUGGCGUAAUGUAGCAAGGUUUUUGAGUCCUUUAUCUGCGGUUCCUCUUGUGGCGUUUUCUGGAUUUGGACUCUAUGAGCAAGGAUUCCCUUUGCUAGCCAAAUGCAUUGAGAUUGGACUUCCUGAGAUCAUACUGCUUGUCAUAUUCUCUCAGUACAUUCCUCAACUGAGGCAAGGAGAAAGACAUUCCAUCUUCUUCCACCGGUUUGCAGUGAUAAUCUCAGUGGUGAUUGUAUGGAGUUUUGCACACAUUCUGACCAUUUCUGGGGCAUAUAGUAACUCACGAACCAAUACUCAAAAUAGUUGCAGAACUGAUCGCACUGGCCUCAUUGACGCCUCUCCAUGGAUUAGAGUGCCUUACCCUUUUCAAUGGGGAACUCCAACUUUUAAUGCAGGGGAAGUUUUCGCUAUGAUGGCUGCUUCUUUCGUUUCUCUUGUCGAGUCCACAGGGACAUACAUUACUGUGUCGAGGUACGCAAGUGCAACGCCAAUCCCACCUUCUGUGCUUAGCCGUGGAAUCGGUUGGCAGGGAUUUGGAAUUCUUCUCUGUGGAUUCUUUGGAGCAGGAAACGCCACAUCCGUAUCUGUGGAGAAUGCCGGUUUGUUGGCGGUAACAAGAGUUGGUAACAGAAGGGUAGUUCAAAUAUCAGCAGGAUUCAUGAUCUUCUUCUCCAUUCUUGGUAAAUUCGGGGCCAUCUUCGCUUCGAUUCCAGCUCCUAUCAUCGCUGCUCUUCACUGUCUAUUCUUUGCAUACGUUGGUGCUGGUGGUCUUAGUCUACUCCAGUUCUGUAAUCUAAACAGUUUCAGAACAAAGUUCAUUCUUGGAAUCUCCAUCUUCAUGGGCUUGUCAAUACCUCAAUACUUCUACCAGUACACAACUUUAGAACAUUAUGGACCUGUUCACACAAACGCAACAUGGUUCAACGAUAUUAUCAACGUUCCUUUCUCGUCCAAAGCAUUUGUUUCCGGAAUCUUGGCCUUCUUUCUCGACAUGACAUUGCCUCCAAAGGACAAAACGACUAAGAAAGAUCGAGGAGUAAUAUGGUGGAAACGAUUUAGAUCAUUCAAAUCCGAUAAUAGAAGCGAGGAGUUCUACUCUCUGCCUUUUAAUCUCAGCUAUUACUUCCCUUCUCAUUGA